AUGGAAGACAUGGAUGUUGAGGGGGUCACCAACAUUGCCCCUGCAGGUAGCGCGGGGGUCUCUGAAUUGAAAGCCAAGAGACGAAAAGAGGGCAAGCGAUGCAUUACCCUGGAAAACAUCAGGGGGUAUAUCAUUUCCGACCCUUCUCUAUUCGAAUCGCCAUCCUCCCCGGAAGCGAGUGCUAUGUUCGGAACAAUGUCGGAGAUGACAGAGAGGGGUAUGGAGCAGAGCACAGAUGGUAUCAUUCGGAGUAAUUCGGUAGACAGUACAACGGCAUCUACCAGCACCAUUAGGACCCCAACCCCGCAACCUCCCCCCGGGUCAGCCUCACUCGGUACCACCCUGGAUUCAUCGAAUCCGUCAACCCACAGGGGUCGGGAGAUAAUUGUUGAUGAUUUGGGUGAAGGUGCGCAAGUGGGAAAAGAAGAUGGUCUUGACGGAAGCCUUUUUCCCGACAGUGAUGCGUUGGCUGACUCUGAAGACUCCUCAUCAGAUGAAGAGCUUGCCUUCGCGCCAAUUCGCUCCACUAACAAGACCCACCCACCUCUGAGAUCUCCAUCCCAGGCCCUGCGCACAAUGCCCGAUGAGUACGAUGAUGAAGAUAGCGAAGAUGAGGGCGGUGCCACAUUUGCAUCUGGCACUUUUUUCCUUGAGCAGCCUCGGUCCCCUGUCCACAUCCCAACCGGUUCGGUCAAACCACUCGUUUUAGACCCCGACCCAACAGUAUCCCAACUGGACAAGCACCCAAGUGACCAUGAUAGCAAUAGCUCCGGUGAUGAUGAGAUGGAUGCCGAGACUAGUAGACUUUUGAGUGAAUCAACCCUCUUCACACAUAGCGAAGCUGGAAGCCUCUAUCUUUCUGCUACAAGUGGAGUCCUUCAUGAUUCACUUCCUUCGGAACGCGAUGAGGAAAUGGGUCGCCGGAAGGAUGAGGAAGACGAAGAGGAAGUUGGUGAGGAAGAAAUUGAUGCUAGGUUGGACAAGUUAUUAAGUUGUGGUAUUAGAACUCCCGCCUCCGGGGCUACGGAGUCGUCAUCGCCCGAUGUUCCGGCCGCUGGAUUGGCUUCUGAGGCAGGAUCCUAUAAAGUUGAGAAGCGACUGAGAAAGCAGGUUUUCGACCUCAACACCAUAGAGAUAUUCCUGCCUUCGCUUUCCGGGGAAUCUGGGACUCCGGUAGAUAUAUCAAGCUCCAUGACCGAGUCUGCCUCUUCUCUGAGGGGUGCAUCGCAUAUGAGUGACAGUAGCCAUCCUCCAAUUCCUGGUGCAUUCUCGAUGUAUGCUUCUUCUCGCCCAUCAAGAUUCCCGAGUUCGAAGCCCGCUACUGCUCCCUCGUCGCCUCCGAAUCCUGCUCCACGAAAGCCAGCAGUUCGUAUAUUGGACGCACAUCACCAGACUCGUCCAAGGAACUACCUACCCGGGGAGACACGUCCAGAUAUCGAAGUUGUCGUUGGUGAUAUUGAUGUGUCUGUGGAUGUAGUGACCGCCAAAAUUCUCCGAAUGAUUUCUGAGACACUAAGUGUCGCAUUUGCGGAGGGGCCAAUCGAGGAGCCCAAGAGCAGGGGGAAACCAGCAAUAGAUAAGCCCGAUACGGCUACGGAUGGCGGGCUCUGUCUUGAGGUUGCGAUUGGUGCUAUUGGACUACGCGUGCUCCAGAAUCUCGUUGGCGUUUACAUUACAGAACAUAGCGAAGAGGAGGAUAAGACGGGAGCCGAAGGGGGUGUUGACGAACAUCUGAUCCUGGGCUGUGUUUUACGGCAAAUCAAGGUUUCACACAAGGUUCUGCAAAAGAAUGUCACAACAACGAAGAUCGAUAUCAAAACAUUUACCUUGGGCGAUGGGAAAAUCGACUAUUUAUCCUUUAUUCAACCUCCCCCUACUGCAGCUAAGUCCAGGAAACGGGGCUCCCACCCCCCUUUAGCAACAGGCUCUGUUCCUGAGAACGACGUGACCCUCAUAAUAUCCCAAAGCCUGGUCAAGAAGAGAAUCAACGUCAUAACACUUCCUCUUAAGGUCCAGCUAAAUCUCUUGAACCUGGAAGAGACUCUACGCGCUUUCGGAGGAUUUGGUGGUUUUAUGGCCUCCACCUCCGCGUCUACUGCGACUAUAUCGAUGGGCCGACCCACUGAAUCCCCGGACAGAGGCGGCUUCGUUCCGGAGGCUCCACUUGUUGUUCACACGAAGGUUGAUUGCAAGAUUGGGGGCUUGAUGGUAGAGGUUGUGGGGGAAACUGGAAAGAUAGCCCUAGAGGCCACUCCAUUAAAGAUACGGAGUGAAACCAGCGACCAGAGUAGUAUAUCCCUUAGUAUGGACAAAAUUGCUAUCUAUGGUCCUGUCGCCCCCUGGGAUUCUCCUUCGGUACCGAUUGAUGCAAAUAUUCUGGUUGAAAAUACAAGAGUUGAAUUCCUGGGCACACCGGAACAGGAGGACCUAGGGAGAUUGCUGGAGCUUUUGACACCGAGCAAGGAUCGAUACGAGGCAGAUGAUGAUAUCCUAAUCGACACGUUACUUCGCCAGAGGGAACAGGGUAGUUUGCUUCGGAUUGGUGUCGGCGCGAUAAAAGUGGAGAUUGGGGACAUUGGGAUGGGUGAAAAACUAAAAGAGUUGGGGAACGAAGUUGCGAAGGUUCUUACUGUGACCGAAUUUGUUGCGCAAGAUGAACGACCUGGGCUCCUCACGUUAUUGAACAUCGAUUCCCUAUACGGAAAAGCCGAUCUCGGGCCCGGGGUCGGGCUGCUCGAGGUGCAUAUACGUGGUGUAGGAAUUGCCCAUGUUUCCCUACCUAGCCUGGUCGCCCUCGCUAUAAUGCAGAUGAAUGUUCGACGAAACGGGGAGGAGGAAUUGGUCGGCGAAGGGCUCGAGAGGCGGAUUUACGACAAGGCGGAUGAAGGGAAACCAAUGCUGAUGGUGAGGAUGGUUGGCGACGACCCGGAACCAGUCAUUAAACUUAAAUUUUGGAACCUCCGAGUAGAAUAUAGGGUCGAAACCCUAAUGUCAAUGAUGCGGGCGCCGGAAAACGCUUCUGCCGAGGUUUUGGCACAGGAAAUGGUUCAGAGUAUUGUCCACAUUGCCGAAGAGAAGGCUGCUACCGUCCAGGGCCCGCCAUUAGGGUUUGAUAUCAUACUCAAGGAUUGUGUACUCGGACUUAAUCCGUUAGGUCUCAAAAGUCGGGCUCUGGUGGCUCUCACAGACUCUAGGUUACAAGCUGCGCUGCCCAAUGGCGGGAUGCUUAGUGCUGGUCUCGAAAUCAAGAAGGCUAACCUCAUGGUGGUGGACGAUGUUUCGAAUCUUGCGCCCCCAUCCGAGAGACAUGGGUCUAGAAGACGCGGAGAACCAAUCGAUCGUCAUCUUAUGGGGUACACCGCAAUGGGCUACGUUUCGGUCAUCACUAUAUCUUCCGCCAUGGCUACGCUCUGUGUAGUAGAAAUGGGGGGUGCAGGCGGCGAAAAAGCUGUGGAUCUUGAGAUUCAUGAUAAGUUGCUACUAAUGGAAAGCUGCGCCGAUUCCACGCAAACUCUCGUGGCAAUCGUCAAUGGGCUUAAGCCCCCACUUCCAGAAGGAGAAGAGGUCAAGUAUUGCACCGAGGUUAUGCCCGUUGACAUGUUACGAUCCCUGACGGAAGAUGCCUUCGUUCACCCGUCUCGCACGAGGGCUCAGGAAACACCGUUCCGUAUGGAUGAUGAAGACGGCGACAUGGUUGUUGACGAUGUACCGAGUAAUCUCACUUUUGUGGAGAGCUACUAUGGCCAUAAUACCUCUAGUACAUCCGAGGCAUCAACCUAUAGCAAGGAUGAGCUCGCCGAUAGUAUGCUAGACGAAGAUCUCGGAAAGCUUGCGCCCGGGCGUAGUAAGCCCCCGGGGAUCGGCGAAAAAGGUAUGCUGGCUAGCUUUACUGAACAAGUACAUGUUCUCGACGACUCUCCACUAUCUAUCGUGGGCGAUUACGUCAAACAAUCCGAACGGCAGCGUCAGGCAUCUAUGGCUAGCAAACGACCCGCCAGAGAGACUGUCAACAAAUGGGAUUCUUUUAGGAAGAGAUACGUUCCUUCUCGUGGCAUCGAUGGCAGGGCUCAAUACUUUCCUCUAAGGGUUAAGAUCAGAGAUGUCCAUGUGAUUUGGAAUCUACACGACGGUUACGACUGGCAGAGGACAAGAGAAGCCAUCAACCAGGCUGUAAGAGACCUCGAAAACAAAGCUUUGGAGCGGAAGAACCGCCAGGUGUCUUUCGAUGCCAGUGAUGAUGACGGGAGCGAAAUUGGAGACUUCCUCUUCAAUUCCAUAUACAUCGGAGUUCCAAACAACAGAGGUCCGGGUGAUCUCGCAAGUGCAAUUAGUAAAAACUUCGACGAUCACAUGAGCGAGACCUCCAUGGGGACCAGUAUCCCCGAGUCGCGGCCCUCUAGUCACUCGAGAAACACAGAAUUCGGCGGUGGUCAUAGGGGCUCGGGAAGGCAUCUCCGGCUCGGCCGAUCAAGAAGUCAUAAGAUGCAGAUCGAGCUGAAGGGUCUAUGUCUGGAUUUCCUCCUAUUCCCGCCGGAUAUGGGUGAGACGCAAAGCAGUGUGGAUUUGCGAGUCCGAGACUUGGAAAUCUUUGACAAUAUUCCGGCAAGCACCUGGAGGAAGUUUGUCACCUAUAUGCAGGAUGCCGGUGUGAGAGAGACUGGUAGCAACAUGGUUCAUGUAGAAAUUAUGAAUGUCAAACCAGUUCCUGGUUUUGAGAUACCUGCUAAGAAAUAUACUGUCAGGCUACCAUUCUUUGAGUUCAAGGAUGACAGCAUUGCGCCACCGGCCAGCCCGGCCGAAAUUCCGUUCCUGCAGCGAGUAGAGGUUAACUCUAUCCGUAUUAAGCUUGAUUACAAGCCCAAGAAGGUCGAUUAUACUGGCCUUCGCUCCGGUCGCACGACCGAAUUUAUGAACUUUUUCAUCCUCGAAGAGGCCGAUAUGGUAUUGCGUCAUGUGGUCCUCUUCGGCAUAUCCGGUUUCCCCAGAAUGGGCGAGGAGCUGAAUGCUACCUGGAUGCCGGAUAUCAGGUCCCACCAGUUGGGAGAUGUCCUCGCUGGUGUUGCCCCCGUCAGGAGUCUCGUGAAUCUGGGAAGCGGCAUGAAAGAUCUGGUUGUUGUCCCGAUGCGCGAAUAUCAGAAGGAUGGCAGGAUCGUGAGAUCGCUUCAGAAGGGCGCAUGGAGAUUUGCCAAAACAACGACCUCCGAGCUUGUUCGUCUCGGUGCUAAAGUCGCAGUUGGGACUCAAAACAUGUUACAGAAUGCUGAAGGGCUUUUCGUUCCCACUAUUUUGGAUGAUGGAACCGAGUCUGUCGAGUACCUGAUCAGUGAUAGCGAGGAGGAGGGUGAUAUGGGGCCAAAUGAACAUGGACAGAAGAAGGCCAUUAGCCUUUACGCCGAUCAGCCGCUCACUGUUGCUCAAGGGCUUCGAGGUGCGGGUGACAGUCUUAGGAGGAACUUUGGAAAUGCCAGAGAUGCUAUCAUGGCGGUGCCGGUUGAUAUCGCGGAACGAGGGAGUGCUCAGGGAGCCGCAAAGGCGGUAGUGAGAGCAGCGCCGGUGGCCAUAAUCCGGCCCAUGAUAGGUGCUACCGAGGCGGUCAGCAGAACGUUAUUGGGAGUGACGAACGCGUUAGACCCUGACCAGAAAAGACGGGUUGAUGAUAAAUAUAAGAAGCAUUAG